AUGGUCUUGAAAUCCACAUCCGCAAGUGACGUGUCAGUGUAUCAAGUCUCCGGUACGAACGUUCUGCGUUCGCUUCCCGACUGGAUUGCCAAGAAACGAAAGAGAGCGCUCAAACUCGACCAAGAUUACCAGAACCGGAUUGAUCUUAUUCAAGAUUUCGAAUUCCUGGAAGCAUCCAACAAGAUUAGGGUUACUCCCGAUGGCCAAUAUGCCAUGGCCACUGGUACCUACAAGCCACAGAUCCACGUAUACGACUUUGCCAAUUUGUCGCUCAAGUUCGACAGACACACUGAUUGUGAAAACGUUGACUUUUUGGUAUUGAGCCAGGACUGGACCAAGAGUGUCCAUUUGCAGAAUGAUAGAAGUAUCGAAUUUCAGACAAAAGGUGGAAUCCAUUACCGAACGAGGAUCCCCAAGUUCGGGAGAAGUUUAUGUUAUAACCCCGUCAAUUGUGAUUUGAUGGUGGGUGCCCUGGGGAACGAGCUCUACAGACUUAACUUGGAACAAGGGCGGUUCCUCAAUCCCUUUGUGCUUGAAACUGACUCCGGUGUUAAUGCCGUGGAUAUAAACCCCGUGCAUGGGUUAGUCAGUGUGGCGUUGGAAGAUGGGGCCGUUGAGUUCUGGGAUCCUAGAGCUAAGCAACGCGCGGGGAAGUUGUACGUUGACGAACAAGUGAACCAAAGCGUUGGUGUCACUGCCGUGAAUUUCAGAAACGACGGGUUGAAUUUCGCCCUUGGAACAAGUUCAGGACAUACUUUGCUUUAUGAUUUGCGUACCGAUACUCCAUCGUUAGUCAAGGACCAAGGGUAUGGCUACGACAUCAAGAAGUUGAUCUGGUUGCCAGGAACUGAGUACAUCUUGUCUUCCGACAAGAGAAUUGCCAAGAUCUGGGAUAGAAACCAAGGGAAGCCGUUUGCAUCCAUGGAACCCACCGUGGACAUCAAUGAUGUAGCGCAUGUCCCUGACUCAGGAAUGUUCUUCCUUGCCAACGAAGGUCAACCAAUGCAUUCAUACUAUAUUCCUAACUUGGGACCAGCACCCAAAUGGUGUUCAUUCUUGGACAAUAUCACUGAAGAGCUCGAGGAGACUCCAAGUGAUUCGAUCUACUCCAAUUACAGAUUCAUCACUCGUGACGAAGUGGCUAAAUUGAACUUGUCCCAUCUUGUUGGUUCCAAGGUCAUGAGAUCAUACAUGCAUGGGUUCUUUAUCGAUACUGAGUUAUACGAAAAGGUCAAUCUUAUCGCUAAUCCUAACUCCUUGCGUGAUCAACGUGAGCGUCAAAUCAGAGAUAAAAUCGAGAAAGAAAGAGAAUCGAGAAUCAGAAGUACCGGUGCCAUCAAGAGCACCAAGAUCAAGGUCAACAAGGACUUGGCUACUCGAUUGGAGGCCAAGAUUGGGUCAGGCAUGGCCGAGAGUGUUGUUAACGACGAGAGAUUCAAGGAAAUGUUCGAGAAUCCUGCGUUUGCUGUUGAUGAAGAGUCUCAUGAAUAUAAACAAUUGAACCCGGUCCAAUCUGCCAAGGAUAUAACCUCGACCAGAUCUCGUGGAUUGACUGCUGCUGAAGAGUCAGAUGAAGAAAGACUUAAUCCAGAUCAAGGCGAAGACGAGGAGGAGCUGGAGAGCGAAAGUGAAGAAAGUGAAGAUGAAGAAACCAAAAAGGUCCAACGAGCCAAGGUUGAGAAGGAAUUGGCCAAGCUUAGAAGAAAGAAGGAAGAACAGAAACGAUUCCUUAAUGAAAUGAAGGCGGUUUCCGACACUCCUCAACAGGUAUCACAACAGAACGAGACAUUUGGAUCACAAGUGAGCAAGAUUAAUAAGGUUGGUAAGAAACAUACUAAUGAUGAUGCCAGAUUACGUCGUCAUGCUCGGGGUGAAGCUGAAUUGACGUUUGUUCCAAAGAAGAAGGAACGUAAGGUUAAGUUCAGACAGGAGGAAGACGACGAAGAUGCAGAAUUGAAGGGAAGAACCAAGCAAAGAUUCGAAGGCCGUAGAAUUGCAUCGAGAAACAAGUUUAGAGGAAUGUAG